AGUUUGGUGAUCAUCCGCUAGGGGGGUGAGAGGGGAGGACACCGCCAUAUUAAUGCGAAGGCAGUAUUGUACUAAGUUUAGUGUUCUUUUGCGCCCCGUUUUUUAAAGUUGUAUUUUCAUAUUUCAACAUGAGACUGAAAAAGGUCAAAAACGUAAAAGAACGCACUUAGACAUUGAAACUAAACAUAAUAUUUUUAAAAAAAUAAAAAAUGGCGAGAAUAAAAAUGACAUUUUACGCCAAUACAAAAUAUGUGAGAGUGUACGGCCCUGAGUGUUGACACUUUUAUGGAAAGAUGGCGCCAAGGUGAAAACCUCCAUCUAUUGCACACAAGAAGGUCACGCUGCAAUCGUUGGAGGUUCUAGUGUACUUAUUAUGAACAUUUUAAUAUGAAAAACAAUCAAGACUAUUAAUGAUGACAUCACAUGUCCUUUUUCUAAUAAAUCUUUUUUUCGCUGUAAUAUAUUUAAACUUGUACACUGUCCCUGUUCAAAAAUGGAAAACUGAAAACUUUUCACUAGAUUUAUAAAUUUGAUUUUAUCUUCACAACAAGAUAAGUUACAAUUGUAGACUCUUGGUUUCUUUUCAUCAAGCACUACGUCAAGAACUGAUUUCGUCUGCUAGCUUAGUAGACUCUCAGAGCCACCUUCUCCACGAACUUGUACUAAAUUCUUAAGUCAGCGUCAUUGGGCGGUAUUCAUAGUCGAUACUUAUUUCUUAAGCAAGGACUUAAGCUGCCACCUAGAUUCAUAGUCGUGCAAUGAGCAAAUGCUUAAGCCGCAACUUAAGCAUUUGCUUGGAAAAGUAAAUUGUUCGAUUUUGAGAUGCAUAGUCCCAUCUUAAGAACGCCAAGUAUUCAUAGUCAAAUAAGAUGAACUUAUUUGACAUUGCCGGUGAACUUAUUUGAACGAAUUGAGGUUAUGAUUUUAAGUCAACGUUUUACUUGACUUAAGCAAUUGCUUAUUAGUGAAUAUAUAAUUGGAAAGUGUUCACAAUGGAUAUAUUAGAUAAUUUAAGUGAUAUUGAUGACGAUAGUGAUAAUGAAGGUGGUCCAAAUAAUAUAAGACGUGCAAAAAGAUACAUUCGAGAUGCAGAAAAUCCUUUUGAAAUUAAUGAAUGGGAGUUCCAGAGACGUUAUCGUUUUACAAAAGAUUCUGUGUUAGUUGGAAUUUUGCCUGAAAUACAGGCAGGUCUAAUUAAACAUAACAAUCGUGGUUUACCCAUUGCACCACAGCUACAGUUACUUAUCUGUUUACGAUAUUUUGCAACUUCAAGUUUUCAGCUUGUUCUUGCCGACACAAUGAAAGUUUCUCAAUCAACUGUCUCAAGAAUUGUUUUUCGUGUUGCCACUUUGCUUGCCAGCCUCAUUAAUUUAUACAUCAAAAUUCCAACAACUGGUGAUGCCCGAAAUGAAAAUCAUCGCUUGUUCAACGUUUUAGGAAGUGGUCAUGGAGCAAUAGGACUUCCUCGUGUUGAUGGAGCGAUUGAUUGCACUCACGUUAAGUUAGUCGGUACAAGAUUUAACCAGGUUGAAGAAAUGUUUAGAAAUAGAAAAGGUUGUGGUGGGACCACGAAUGGAAUUUCUCGACAUUGUACCAGAAUGGCCGGGUAGGGCACAUGACAGUCGGAUAUUUCAGAACUCAUUAAUUCACAUGCGCUACGUUCAAGGACGAUUAGAUGGGAUUCUUGUAGGUGAUAAAGGAUAUCCCUGUUUGCCUUUUCUUAUGACACCUUUCAGAAAUCCGCAUAAUGAAGAGGAAAUGAAGUACAAUGAAAUUCAAAUAAGAACGAGAAUAAUUGUUGAGCGAACUUUUGGUGUGUGGAAACGAAGAUUUCCAUGUUUGGCGCGGGGAAUGGCAACGAAACUCAUUUGUUCUACAACGACUGUAGUAGCAUGUGCAGUUUUACAUAAUAUGGCCUUACGUUUCAAUGAAAUAUUACCAGAAGACGAUGAGUUACAUGAAUAUGAAGAAGUUCCUGUACCUAAUGCAGAAAAUAUUAAUAUGGAUGGAGAAGUAGCUCGUCAAUUACUAGUUCAUCGUUUAUUUAAUGGA